AUGGACGAAUAUCCCCACUUUCCAUUCUCCAUUUAUCGACGCGCCAACCUUCACGACGUCUGUCGCCGCGCCGCCUUGGACAUGUUUGGCCUCCACGAUCUUCAUCAGCAGAUCAUUGCGAUCGUGCUCGUUGUCAUGCUCUCCAUGGACGCCAUCAAUCCAGUGAAAGCCGUGUGUACGAUUGUCGGCGUCGAUCCGUCCGUCGUUGGAUGGCUGCACAUCUUGCUUCUCCUCGGGUUGCUGUACAGCAACGCGUCGGACGUGCUGUACUUUUGCAUCCGCGUGUUUCUUACGAGCAUCACCUCGAUCUUCUUCAAGAGCAUUGAAAUCGUCGGCAAAGACAACAUUCCCCUCGACGGGCCCGUCAUUUUCACGGGAAACCAUUCCAACCAAUUCGUCGACGGCUUGAUUGUGCUCAUGAAUUGCUACCGAAAGGUAGGGUUCAUCAUUGCUGAGAAAUCCAUGCAUCGUCCCGUCAUCGGAUCGCUCGCCAAGGCCGUGGGGUGCAUUCCAUUCACGCGUCCCCAAGACGAAGUCAUCCAGGGCAAAGGGACCGUGCUCAUGGACGACGCGGCGCCGCCCGGGUCGUUCGUCCUCAUCGGUCAAGACACGCACUUCACGACCCAAUUGAGCGCCGGCGACCAAGUCCGCGCCAACGGAACGACGGUCAAGGACUCUGGCGAGCCCGUGAGGGUGGCUUCGGUCGUCGACGACACGCACGCCGUCCUGUCGGCGCCGCUUGCCGACAUGCACGGCAACGUCCUUGGCACUUCCCCCGCGACCUUUGGCAUUUUCAAAAAGGUCAACCAAACGGCAUCGCUAUCCGAAGUCAACAAAGCGCUCCAGCGCGGCCAGUGCGUCGGCAUUUUCCCCGAGGGCGGGUCCCACGACCGGACGGACCUGCUGCCGCUCAAGGCCGGCGUCGCGCUCAUGGCGUUCAGCGCCAAGCAGAGCCUCAACCUGACCGUGCCAAUCGUUCCCGUCGGACUCAACUACUUUCGCGGCCACAAGUUUCGCGGCCGCGUGGUCGUCGAGUUUGGCACGCCCAUCACAGUCACCAACGACAAGCUGGACGAGUACAACGCGGACAAGCGCAAGGCAUGCAACGCCCUCCUCAACGAAGUCCAAGAUGGCAUGCGCAGUGUGAUCGUAGCGACGCCCGACCACAACGUCCUCCAGGGCGUGUACACUGCCCGACGGCUGUACCAGCAGGCCGGCAUCAAGUGGAGCCCCAAGGUUACGCAGGACCUCAACCGCCGGUUCGCGGAAGGCUACAAGAUCCUCCAGGACAAGCCGGACGUGGCGAGUCUCGCCGCCAAGCUCGGCGAGUACCGGCGCACGCUCAAGCAGCUCGGGCUCCCCGACCACCAGGUGCCGUACGUGGCAUUCGUCACCGUCCACGACGCGCUCGCGUCCGCCAUGUACGGCGCCGUCAUCUUUGCGCUGGCGUCGAUCCCGUCCUUCGUGCUGAAUGCGCCCGUGGGCUUAGUCGCGCGGUACGUCGCCGCGGCCGAGCAGACCAAGGCACUUGCCGGCUCGAACGUCAAGAUCGCGGCGCGGGACGUGGUUCUGUCCAAGAAGAUCUCGUUUUCGGUGGUGGCGGUGCCCGUGCUGUGGCUGGGGUACGCGCUGCUCAUGUUCGCCUUCACGGACUGGAGCGCGUCCAACAUUGGGCUCGUGACCCUGUCGUUCCCGUUGUGUUCGUACUUUGGCGUGCGGAGCGUCGAGGCUGGCAUCGUCGAGAUGCGGACGCUGCGCCCGCUGCUCAACCGACUGCGGCCCGAGUCCAAGCGCAUCCAGGACGAACUCCCCCUCCGACGCAUGCACCUCCAAAAGGAAGUGCGCCAGAUUGUGAAAAAGUACGCGCACGAGUUGGGUCCGCUCGCGGCGUCGGCGCCCGUCGACUGGGCCGCCUUCAUGCACACCCACGUCAAGCACGAACGAGAUGACGAAGACGCAAGGCAGGGGGGGAACGCCACACACGAGAAGAAACGUGUCUAGCAGUAGGAAGGAUGUCUGACGAACGUUUCACAAUUAGGACUAGGAAUCGAUCGAUCAUGAACAAUAAUGCAGUGGGCUACGUAAACCAGUAUACGAGUAGAUUCGAC